CUGAAUCUCCUUGGAGAAUUCAUCCAACCGGAAACCUUGGACCAUGAGGAAAUGAACAUACAUGAAAAGCGGUCAACUGUCCGGCGAAGGGGUCAAGGAGGUAGAUUCGCCAAGACCACAAAGUUGAGAUAUACGAAGGUCCCAUCCUUUAAAACCAUGAUCUCGAGCUACUUUGAUCCUAGCGAGGAAGCGGAGCGAUUCCACGUUGGAAUAGGCAAGAAG